CGCACUGCAGCUCCUUUUCUUCAAUAAAGCGCCAAAAUUCAACCGCGCUCACACAUUUCCGGUGUUUAUUUACUUUGACAUUACAGACACAUAACACACACAUACACAUAAAGAGAGCGAUUAAAAUGUCUCGUACUCCAAAAAGAGCUUGUUCCAGUGCUCUGAACGACAGUCUGGAGAAGAGAUUAAAGCGGGUUUCUGUUGAGGGAAACAUCGCGGCGGGGAAGUCCACGUUUGUCCGCCUGCUGGAGCAGCAUGAUAAAGAGUGGGAGGUAGUACCCGAGCCCAUCGCUAGGUGGUGCAAUGUCCAAACUCAACAUGGAGAAUUUGAGGAGCUGACCACAUCCCAAAAGAGUGGGGGGAACGUAUUGCAGAUGAUGUAUGAGAAACCGGAACGCUGGGCGUACACAUUCCAGAGUUAUGCGUGCAUGAGCCGUGUGCGCGCCCAAAUCAACUCCGCCAGCGGCAACCUGCACCACGCCGAGAACCCAGUGCAGUUCUUCGAGAGAUCUGUCUACAGUGACAGGUACAUCUUUGCAGCCAAUCUGUAUGAGAGUGAGUGUUUAAAUGAGACGGAGUGGGCCAUUUAUCAGGACUGGCACGGUUGGCUGCAUAAACAUUUCGGCCAGCACAUCGAGCUGGAUGGCAUCAUUUACCUGCGGGCCAAACCAGAGAAGUGUUUGGAGAGGUUGCAUGUGAGAGGCAGAGAGGAGGAGCAAGGGAUUCCGCUGGAGUAUCUGGAGAAACUCCAUUACAAGCACGAGUGCUGGCUACAGCACAGGACCCUGAGUAUGGACUUUGACUAUCUUUGUGAGGUUCCCGUUCUCACCCUGGAUGUCAACGAUGACUUUAAAGGCGAUAAAUUCAAAUGUGCUGACAUGAUUGAAAAGGUGAAAGACUUUCUCAGCACUCUAUGACCUGGAAGUGUUUGUAUGUGUGUGUGUGUGUAUGUAUAUGUGUGUGUGUGUGUUGUCACGAUACCAGAAAUCUAGUAGUCGGUACCGAUAACACCAAAAGUACACGAUGCUUGAUACCAAAGUCGAUACCACGGUGUGGUUUAAAAAUAAAAUAAAAAACUCUCCUGGAGGAAGGACGUCCUCCUCUGACUGACCCUGGCAAAAAGAGAGAGUGAGAGGGGGAUAUUUUUGUUAUCAAACUCUGUCUGACAAUGAGUGGAGGCUACAGUGGAGGUGCACUCCUAAACGCGCGCACACACACACACACACACACACACACACACACACACACACACACACCCACCCCUUAUACUCUGAAUGCAAGCAUUAGUUUAAAUUCAUUGAUCUGGUGUCAGGACAGAAAGACUUAUUAAGAGCAUGAACGUGUGAAUAAUUAUGAGUGACAUGAGGCUACAUGUCUCUGACAGGACGCGGGCUGAAAGGCGAUGCUGGUGGAACAUUAGGAGGUAGUUUAUAACACUGCAAUGCGUUAGUGUCGUUAACAAAUAACUGUCUGUCGCUAACAUUACAUGGAGCGUAACAUCAGCUGGUUUCACGCCACAAUGCAGCCGCCUCAAACAAACAUAAUACAGGACCGUCUUUCAGGCGCUUCACCAAAUUCCGGGUGUUUCCUCGCUUUGUUUGAGAUGAACGAUAGCGUCAGUUGCACACCGGCUUCAGAGCAUCAAUUAUGUGUUUGUUGUCCUCCGCCUCGAAUGUGAAGUAUUUCCAUAUUUAACGCUUACCCACUUUCCUCUCAACGAGUCGGGGUGGAGCGAAACUUAUCGCCAACUUCUGUAGUUUUCCCCGUGUGCUUGUAAGUUUUCUUCUUCUUCACCACUUGUGGACCGACUAAAACACUUACAUGUAUUUGCUGCCCCCUUCAGGUCCGGAAUAAUUGCCACCUCGGUACCCUCGCUACCAUAAGUACCCAUGCUACUGCAGAAAAACAAGUACCGUCACGUUUUAACAAUGUUGGUACCGGAGUAUCGGUUCUCGUGACAUCCCUAGCGUGUGUGAGAGGGUGGGCAUGUGUGAUGGAAUGUGGAAUAUUUAAUAUACAUGUUCUGCCAUUUCAUGUUCAUAAUUUUUAAAUAAAACUAUUUAAAUCAAAA